GAACCAGUUCCAUGUUUUCCAUAUCCGUCUUCUCUGGGGGUUUUACAACACAGCAGCUCAGAAAAAGCCGCCUCGGCUCUCCUCAAGUAGAUGCCUGAGUAGGUCACAGACUAACAGAGAUUUAGGCUAUUAGCAGUAGAUUUCCAGCACAUGAGGCCUCGGCCACGUGCUGCCGUCACCUAUGGCUCCACACAUAUAAAUAGGACGGAAUAAUUUCCCUUUUCCCUAAAGGGAACCUCGUCCUGCCUCAACUUAUCACAGCGCCACUAAAUAAAGAACAGGUCAGGUAGGGGCUGAGUUUAAAGCGUCCUCGUUCCCAGAGUGGAUUCAAGUCCAGAUCAGAGGAACAGAAGAGCAUGCUGUCUGCUGUUCAGUACACUGCUGCUCAUGUCUGUAGUUUUAUUACUCCGACUGGUCCGGCUGGACUUCUGGCUGCAAAGAUCUAUCUGGUUCUGUGAUUAAAAGACUUUAAUCCCCCCCCCCCCCACCAUUUUCAAACUUUACGGAUCAAUUUGACAUGCAGGACGAUAAGAGGGUUAAGAACUUUUAUUUCUGUGAGAGUAUUCCUACAGGUCAUGCUGUCUUGCAUUAAUAAAGAUCUAGAAUCAUCUGACUCUCCAUUACUGCAGCUUCGUGACUUCAACCGAACACGUCGUCCGUCAUGUCGGUCGUGUGGAAACGAGUGACGAGGUGAUUUCUGUGACGCUCUAACAGCUGGUCGAUGAAUAAACCGGCUGGACUCAAGUCCUGGUGCUAGAACUGGCAGCAGAGUGACGACUGGAGGCGUGAAGGCAGGUGAAUCCGUUCACACACAACACUCACGUAAUGUUUGUUUUAUCUGCAGCUGCUGACCUGCUGGUGUGGAAAACUCACCACACUUUGGUAAGAAAGAAAGAAAAAAGAGUUGGUUGUUUCAGCAGCAGCAGAGUCGAACUGACUGUGAGGAUCUAGCGCCAUCGUGUGGUAAGAAGCUCCAAGUGACCUCAGAAUGGAGAUUAAAGUCUGGAGUUUCCUCUGCUGCCUGCAGAAGUCUUGUCUUGCGGUGCCAUAACGCACGGAUGUAAUCCCAUAGAACCUCUCAUCUGUGCGUCAUGGCGCACAGCGUGGACAGGACGAAGCAAACAGAAGCACCAGUUCUGAAGGUUUUCCACUUUCUAACGGUUCCUUCUGAAGCAGUGAGCAGCUUCUGAAAGCAGUUCUACAAGCUCCCAUAAAACGCGUCAAACCAAACCUCUCCGCGGAUUCUGUGCGCAGCUGCGUGACGGAGUCCAAACACCUCCUCACCUCUGAAGAACUCUGAAGUCGGUCGUUCAGCUUCACUUCUGUUCGGCUCGAGGCUUCCUCCGGAGCCAUGGAGAGGUUUGUGUGCGCGUUGAUCUGCCUGCUGGCUGCUCUGCUGUGUCUCGGUACCGGUCAGCACCACGUCGGACCGUGGAGACACCGGAUCCAGUGGGAGAAUAACGGGCAGGUGUACAGUCUACUCAGCACCGGGACUCAGUACCGGUUACCGGCGCAGACCAGGAGACGCACCCAGCUCCUGCUGACCACAAAGAACAGCUUUAACCAGAUUCACUCUCCGGUUCCGCUCAGUAGAUCCAGCAGAACCAGAACCGUGGAGCUCCGGGACGCAGCCGGUAGAAUCUCUCAGCAGAACCACCACAUCCAGACGGACACGUCGAUCCUCGGUGCAGACGCCGGUCAGUAUUUACUCGCUGCAGGACGUCCCGGAACCACCGGAGGAGUUCUCCGCGCGUACCGGGCCCCGUCUAACGGCAGUGCGGCCGCGUUCACCGGCAUCCAGGAGUUCUCGGGUAACGGAGUCCCUCGGGGAGGCCGGAGCACACCGGGACAGGGUGAGCAGCGGGCCAGCGCGUCGCCGGUCAGACCAGCGGACUUCACGUACAGCAGGAUCCGGUCUGACGGUUCGGAUCCACCUGCUCGGCCUCCUGCUGCACCUGUCCGGGUCUCCACGGCGGAGGAAAACGGAAACACCCGCAGAGGAGACGCUCCCGGUGUGCAAAGGCUGCAGAGAGCGCAGUCUGUGAGCAGAGGCGCACCGGAGCCCAGAGUUCCUCCAACAGCUGCUUCCAGUAACUCUGUAGAAAUCCACUUUCCUCUUUCAAACCCGGACUCGGACGUGGCGGACCCCAGAGACCCGCACAGCGUCCACCACCGGAACUCAGUCUUCUAUAAUGUUUACCCUCCGGACCGCAGGAACCGGAUCACUGCGCGUCCUCCACCGGGAACCGGCUACGGCACCAGGUUCUUCCACAACGGUCUCCCAGACUUGGUUCCUGAUCCGUAUUACAUCCAGGCAGCUUCCUACAUCCACAGAGUGCAGAUGUACGCACUCCGCUGUGCUGCCGAAGAAAACUGUCUCUCCAGGUCUGCGUACCAUCCGAGUGUGAGCGAUCUGGACUACAGAGUUCUGCUGAGGUUCCCACAGCGAGUGAAGAACCAGGGAACGGCGGAUUUCCUCCCCACGAAGCCCAGACAUGAG